GUUUACUUCGUUAAUCAGUGUUUGUAGUGGCAAGUUCUGUGACUGAAGAAGUUAAAAUGCAGAAAUUAACGUGUUUAAUUGUUGUUUUCGUGGCUGCAGCAACAGCUGAUCUUUUGUAUCAAGAUCGAAGUAGAGGCGCGACUUUGAAACCCAUAUCAGCGUGCUGUGAUAUCCCAGAACUUGGAGACAGUAAACCAUUGACGGAAUGCUCUAACCCAAAGUUAGCCGGUCCAUGCAACGACGUCCACUGUGUGUUUGAAAAGUCCGGUUUCCUAGUGGACAAGAACACGCUAAACAAGGACGCCUAUAGAAACCACCUGAGACAGUGGUCAGAGAACCACCCUGGAUGGUCGGAGGCCAUCGAGAGAGCCAUCACCGACUGCGUGGAUAAAGACCUGAGGCAGUACCUUGACUACCCCUGCAGGGCCUAUGAUGUGUUUACAUGCACUGGGAUUGCUAUGCUGAAGAAAUGUCCAAAAGAUGCGUGGAAAUGCUGAUGGAAGAGAAAAAUAUUCAUUUUGGUCAUCUUUAUAAUUUAUGGCUUCAUGCAUACCCAUUUAGUAUGUCUAAUAAAAUAAAAUAAAAAUUCAGUUUUCAUUGUAAACAUGUGUGUAAUAAUUAUGACUACAAAUACAUGUGAUUAAAUUA